AUGUUCAAAAUUGGUGGAAACUUGGCGAAAAAUCUGCGAUUGGCCUCAAUUUUUGGUCAAAAAUUGGUGCAUUUCCCACCAACACCGGCCAACAAACUUAUUAUAUAUCAACAAUUCCAAAGAAUGGCGUCAACUCACUGUGCUGAUGGACGAUUUAAUGUAACUCCCAAUCUAACAUUUUCAUUGGAUAGAAGUUCCUAUAUAUAUAUACAUUUAUUGAAUCAAACGACUACAUAUAAUAAUAGUAAGAGGAAGAGAAGAGAGAAUGACAAAUUUUUCACACGUAGUGGAUGACAAUAAAUAAAAGAAAGACCCGUUGGUCAAGAAAAGAGACAAAAUGGGCCAUUUUGGAAUGUGUAUUAGAAUAAAUUGUGGGGAAGAAAGGGUGUUAGAAAGAGAAAAAAAAGGAUGAGGUGGGUAGUAAAAUUAAUAUUUGGGGAUGAUAUGUAAUAUAAAUAAUUUAUAGAGAGGGAUUUUGAUGGGAUGUUGUAGAAGAUAAAAGAAAGGAGAAAAAAAUUAGAAUGACUCAGACCUUGAAGUGAAAGAAAAUUUGUGGUAAUCUGUGACAAAUAUAUCUGUGACAAACAUAUUAUUAUGAGAGAGCGCAGAGAAAAAUAGUAUAAAAUCGUGUAUUUCGCAAAAAGUGUGAACACAAAUUUCAGAAUCUAUUUCACCUGCUCUAUUUUCAGUUUUUACUGUGAAAAUGUGAGUUCUCAAUGGAGCGCACUUGUACAAAAUCGUUUUUUUUUGCAGAAUAAAUAUCUAUAUUUUCAUAGUUACCUCAACAACAUUCAAUAUUCAGUUUUAG